CAUUAACAUUAAAAGAUUUUGUAAGGAUGGACCCAGACCAAAAGGUCUCUAACAUACAUACUAAGGAUUCUUUACCAAUUCCUGAGAAAGAAGAAGUCUCUCAGUAUGAGGACCAGUUAGAAGACUAUAAAGGCAGGUCCACAAAGGACAGAUGUUAUAAAUGUAAUGAAUGUCAGAAAAUGUUUACCCAGAACUCAGGCCUCAUUCGACAUCAGAGAAUUCACAUUGGAGAGAAACCCUAUGACUGUCAUCGCUGUGGAAAAGCCCUCUGUGUGGGCUCAACCCUCACUGUGCAUGAAAGAGCCCACACUGGUGAGAAACCCGAUAACUGUAACAAGUGUAAGAAAGCCUUUAGUGUCAGAGGACACCUGAUUAUAUGCCAAAGAGUCCAUAAUGGAGAGAAGCCGUAUGACCGCAGUAAGUAUGGGAAAGCUUUCUGGGUGAGCUCAGCCUUCAUCAAACAUCAGAGCAUACAUACAGGUGAAAAGCCAUGUGAGUGUGAUACAUGUGGGAAAGCCUUCUAUGUGAACUCAGCGAUUAUUAAUCACCAGAGGGUUCAUUCUGGAGAAAAGCUGUAUGAGUGUGGGGAAUGUGGAAAAGCAUUCAGUUGGAGUCAAAUGAGUCAUCACCAGAGAAUCGGUACUGGAGAAAAACCCUACGAGUGUGAUGACUAUGGGAAAGGAAGAUGCUCUAAUCUUACCAAACACCAGAAAGGACAUGCCAAGAGAAAGUGUCAACAGUGAUGUACCUGAGGAAGGUAUUCUAGAUGUCUUUGGUUGCAUCAAAAGAAUAUGACAAAAAAUAUCAACAUGCCUUCCAUGAAAUACUGAAGAAAAGUCACUGGAAACAGCUCUAUCAUUGUAUGCAAACCUCUGAAGUCACCUGUUCUCUCUCUUUAAAAUUCAGCUUUACAACUCAAGGUGGUUUUUGUUUUUUGUUUUUUUUUUUAAUAUGAAUCAUUUUCCAGGGCCCAGAGAGAUGACUCAGUAAAUGCAUCUAAGUUCAGGUCUUCAGAGCCCACGUGAGAAACUCAGAUGUGGGUAUAGCAAGCAUCUGUAAUCAGUUUUCCUGAAACUGGAGUCAAAAAUCAGGAAAAUGUCCACAUUCUUAAGCUUCUGGCCUAGCACCUGUAGUCUGAGCACAGCUGCAGAAACCCUCAAACAAGGUCACCUCCCAAAGUUACCAUCAGACAUCCACAUGCACAUUGGCUUGCCAUGUGCACCCUCUUACUCCAUACUUGUCCGUUUAAUAAGAGGAAACAGGUUAAGCAUUACUUUGGGCUAGGGAGAUAAAUAGCAAGUAAAGGAGCUUGCUACCAAACCUAAUGACCUGAGUCUAAUUCUGAAACCCACAUGAUAGAAGGAAAGAACUGACUCCUACAAGUUGUCUUGACCUCCAUGCACACAAUAGCACAUGUAUACAUUUGUAUACAAAAUAAAAAUAGUUUAAAGGUUACUACGUGCAAGCUUCUUGUUUUGCUGUUACCAUUCUUACUGAUAAUGCAUUAAAGUUUGAAUUGUAAUGUGGUUCAUUCAAGAAAGACUAUCCCCAGUAAGUCUAAGAAGUCCUAUCUGUUGAUUGUGUUUCUUUUGAUGACCAUUGCUUACCAGAGUAAUUAGCUGUACUUCCUUCCUGUGGCCUGCUGACCCAAAUAAGCUCCUAAAUUGCCUGAGAUUUCUGAGCCAAAGCAAAAGGAAAACCAUAACCUAAACAGUUUCUUAGGAGGAGCCUCUGCAUUCUGACCCUUGUAAAUUGUGUUUCUCAAGGUGUAUGCAAAGGUAGAUGUCAGAGUAGAGCAGAUUUGGAGAAUGCUUGCUAGAUUAGGAUUAGCAUUGGUUUUAGGAUAACCUUCACAGAUUUAUUUAUGUAACUCUUAUACUAUUGCAUCCACUAGGAGUAGUUGGAUUUGAAAGGUAGAAGUUAAUGAGCCAAAUGUGGAAAAUAUUUAUUAUGCAUAGGAAUCCCAGUAGAGCUCUGUGUAUCAGGUCAUAGCUGAGUUUCCUCACCUUAGUUCAUAAGUCCUAUUUGUGCACAUGAGGAGUUUGCACCUUAAAUUAUUUUGUUUAGUUUUGUACCUCAUUUUCCAUGCCUGCUUAACAAGAAUGAAAUUCUUACCCCUGAAGUGAUGUAUAUGAGAUUGAAAAUAAAUUCCAAUUACUAUAAA